CUCACAGCUUUAACCAUAGCGUUUGUUAUCUGUUGGUCACCCUUUAUGAUCACACGAACACUAAUUUACUUCCAUUUGGCGUCACCUGGUGUUGCUUGGAGGGCAUCUCAACUUCUGAUAUGCGUCAACCCUGCUUUGGAUCCCUUGUUAUACGGCUACUAUGGUGGAAAUCUAAAAACUGUAUUAAGAAGAGUUCUGAGGUGCCAUUUUUCACAGCGACAGGAACAUACAGAUGUUGCUUGCAUGACUGUGUUUCAAGCAAACAGAUCGGCCAGAUAAGGAGAAAAUUGAGUGUUGUGAGCGUAUUUAAAAUGGACAAAAAGAUAGUUUUUUUUGUGAAGUUGUGUAGCUUACUCAUUGAGACAAAUGUAAAUAAAAACAAUAACAACAAAACCCCAAAACAACAAAAAAUAGGCCAUUUUCACUAUGACGACAUUUGACUAAUAACAGAAUUCAUUUCUUUUUUGCUUUCUUAUUUUAAUUUGUCAAUUAGUCUGAAGUUUAAAAAACAAUAGCUCUAAUGUGCUCUAGAAAACAGCAAGCUGAUAGUUCUGCUAGUUAUAGUAAAAUGACGUCAUCAUGCAACUGUCCUGUUGAGUAUUUCAUAAUUUACUAGACGAGCAGUUAAAGCGACUUGCUUAGGUUCGUAAUGCCGUGGUUUUAUCACUGAGGGAGAUUGAGGAGAGUUGAAACAGCAACCCUUGUGGGUAGGAGUUAUGCCGAAAGAAGGAGACGGGGGGUGCAGGUCAAUAUGGUGUUUUCGACAUGGCGAUUAUGCGAAGAAAACACUCGUGCAACCACCCAACGAAUCGAAAAUGCCUUGCAAACGAUCACAACCUUCUUGUGGCUCGGAUAUAACCACGAAGUCACGGUCGGUUAAGUCGCAGUCAUUUACAACGACGCAGUCUCAAACAGUAUCCCCUUCUUCGUCGUAACACUAGUUCAAAACUCUAGGAAUGUGUUAAUCCAAGAGUUAGGUUAUAAUAGUAAUCAACAGGAAACUAGCGUAGCAAGGUAGGGCACGCAGAAAAAAACGGUUUGAGCUGUUGUUCCUCUCGUGUGGCUCAGACCACUCACAGUUUUUUUUUGUUGUUGUUUUUUAGAGUCUACUUUAUUUGUCUUGCACGCGGAAUUAUUAGGUCAGGGCCUCAGUUUUUAACAAUUUCAGUUUUUUUCAGCAUUACGAUGCAUUUUAUGACAAAAAUAUUGGACUGGUGAUUGAUGCAAACGCCACCAAGGGAUAAUUUUUAUAUCAUUUAACAGUAAUUAUUGAAUGGGAAGGCUGAGUAUGAUCGUGAAUAAUGAUGCAGAAUGACCGCCGCCUGGUUAGCUCAGAGGCUGCGGGUUUAAACCCCGGCCGGACCAACACUCAGGGUCUUAAAAUAACUGAGAAGAAAGUGCUGCCUUGGUAAUAAGAUCUGCAAAUGGUUAGACUUUAUAGUCUUCUCGGAUAAGGACGAAAAAGAGUAGGUCCCGUCUCACAGCACUUUCACUGAUUUGUUCUUGUGGGACGUAAAAGAACCCUCAUCAUUAUUCGAAAAGAGUACGUAGGGCUCUUAGACCCCGGUAGUGUGGCACCUCCCAGGAGAUCUGAGUCCCGUUCGUACACAUUCCCUCUGGGCAGGCCUGUGUGCCGAAAAAGCUGGUAAAUAAACAAAUUAAUUAAAUAAAUAGGAAGCCGCAUUCAACAUCAAUAACUGUUUUGUUAAUCAUUUAUUUCUAAGUUCUAAACAUCCUUACCUCCUCGUGGCUCUCUUCAAAACAUCCCUUUUUCUCAUCACAGUUUCAGAAUAUGAAUGGAUGUUUCAAAGUUCCUUGCUGAUACUCCACAAAGAGCAGAUGAAAUUCAUCGAGUAAUACUUUAUGCAUAUUUUUGCCUUUGGUUUUUUAGUUCUGCACUCGUGCGAAAAAAAAUAUUCUGACUAAUCUUCUGCGUCGUUGUCUUGCGUGACGUCCAUGCAAUAUACAAUCCGUUGACGUCACAGUGACUAGCGACAACAGUGUAUAUUGCCUGCCUCUUUCAAAUUGGGUUAACGCCAGCGGGUUAUGAAAACGUACCCCGGGGAUUAAAGCCACAGAUUUGUCAACCUACUGGACUGCAAAUCUUAAUUUUUCCUGUUAUCAUUGAAGUCAGAUUUGUCAAUAGUGAGUUUACGCUACCGGACGGCAGGAAGAAGAGGACGGCAAAACGCUUUUUUUUGACAAACGUGACAGGGCUAUCACUUGCGUGUUUUUGUCGUGAUCUUCACUUAUCAUUAAUUUUUUUUUGUUUUUUUUUUGACAAAAAGAUCUGUUAUAAAGGAAGGUGAAGAUCGGCGGAAAGGUUAUCUAACAAAAUUAUUGUCACGCUAGGUUUGCCGUCUUCUUUCCGUUCCAGUCCUGUUGCGUAAGAUAGUGUUUUCACUUUUCACUCACCUUCCCCCUCACCGUUACGCCUUGGAACAAGAAGAUUAAUGGCCAGCUAGCUAGUAUUCGUCAUACUUGAAAGUCGAAAGACACGUUUCGCUUUUUCUCAAGACUGUUUUGUCAACAGCCCUUACAGUUGGAAGAAAGUCGAAACUAAAAUUUGAACAACGAAGCCUGUUACUAGAUUACCGCAUAACUCGCAUAGUGGAAAGGCGAGAUCGCACGCAAAGUUUUAUUUUCAAGAUACCAAAAAAACGUACUAGAUCCUCCAGUGAUAUCAAAUUAAGUUUCAUAGUCAACUACAAGUCUAAAAGAUGUCAAAUGUUUCGGCCAGAUCCGAUAACCUAAGUGGUAUAUCAUAGAUAGAAAUGUAACAUCGGAGGUCAGUCCUCACGGACUGUUCAAUAUAUUUUGAUAACCGUGUAUUCCAUGCAAGGAUGCCCAAUCUUUGAUCUGCCGUAAAAUUCUUCAUAACAUAACAUUAGUAUUUUUUUAGUGUUAAUUUAAUCCUCUAGUUCAAACUCUUCUUUAAAGGAACUUUUUAAAACAACGACUUCUCGUCCGAAACACAGUACCAAAUGGUAUUUCGUAUUUUUGGAGGUCAACUAAGCGGAGGAUGAUUACACAAAAAAAUAUUACAGUACUUUGUCUUAUGGGAUUCGUUUGACAUCCUAUUAAUUAAUUUAGUAUAUAUAAGAUAUGUCAGAAUAAAGUAUUAAAAGAGAGGGUUAAACAAAUAAAAUUAAUCACUCACCUGUCGUUAUUAUUAUUCAUUACCUAACGACAGUUUUUGAAUUUAUUGAUUGGUUCAACAUCUUUCUGAGCCGGAAGCAAUUGAAGUAAUUACUGAAAGAACAGUUCUUUAUGAUAAUAAUACAUGACGUAUAGCGCACCUUCCGUAUAACUUCAAAAGCACAAUGAAAAGAGACAAAAAGGAAAGUUAUUUCUUCGCAGUAAUUGGAGCAAGCAAAGACUCAGUGCACUAUUAUAGCACUUGAAGUAAAGAACAGACUUGUAUAGCGUACUUUCGAAUAAUGGCAAGUAGACAAUAAAAGACAUAAAAAGAAAAGCUAUCAAUACUUUUAACAGUUCUUGCAGUAAUUAAUGGCAGCAAACCUUCUGCUUCGACUAUUGCCUUAUGAACUAUGGCAUUUAAAGAGGAUGAUUUUCCCCUGAUCUUACUGGUUUUCAGCAUUAUACUUUAUAUCACAGUUUUCAUUAUGUCUUUUGUUGGUAACUUAUGGAUCAUCGCGGUCACUUUCUACGCAACAAUCAAGCAAAGAAGACCGCAUAAUCAUUUUACGUGGCUCGUGGCGAAUCUGGCGUUCGCUGAUCUUGUUUUCACUCUUCUCACAAUUUUCAACACUAUCAGCUUUCAUUGGCGUUGGCCAGGAGGUGAUAGCACCUGCAAAUUUCAUGGGUUUCUUGUCGAGGCAACCUACACAACUUCCAUCUCAACGCUUGUUGUCAUAAGUUAUCAGAGACUGAAGGCUGUGAUUCACCCCUUUAAGGCUAAAUUUAGUUGCUGGGCUCGAAUGAAAUACAUGAAACUGGCCAUAAUUUGGGGCCUGUGCUUUUCUGUUUGUUCACCUUUGUUCUUCAUAUAUCGCGUGGAAACACAAAUAAACGGCGACAUAGUCUGUGUAACAACGACAUGGGGGGAUACUGGCCGACAAAUAUAUUACACUUUGCAUGGGACACUUUUCUUCGUCUUACCUUUGUUAUAUAUGAUUGUCACACAGACAAACAUUCAUAGCGCUCUUCAGCCAAGAGGCGUGCCUAUACGCAACAGUUUAGCUGAAGAAAUCAAACUAAGACACAGGAAAGUUGCCCGAACACUUGCAGCUCUAACUAUAGCGUUCGCAAUAUGUUGGUCACCUUUUAUGAUCACACGGACCCUACUUUUCUUUCAUUUGAAUUCAAUUGAUGUUGCUUGGAGAGCAUCUCAACUUCUGAUAUGCGUUAAUCCUGCUUUGGAUCCUUUGUUGUACGGCUACUAUGGUGGAAAUAUAAAAACCGUAUUAGGAAGAAUUCUGAGAGGUCGUUUUUCACGGCGACGGGUAUAUGAUGUUACUAGCAUGACUGUGUUUCAAUCAAACACAUCGACCUGAGACAGAUCGAUGAUUAAUGCCGUAAACAGACGGAAGCGAGAUCUGUUGAGGGGUUGAUUACCUUUAGUAACUUGGUGAAAAAAGAAAAUUGGUCUCAAUAAGCAACUUUAUGGCUAGUGUGGAUAGGCACAAACUGAACAAAAUCAACUGAAAACAAAGAAAACAUCUCUUUCCAGAUGAUCAAACAGCAGAUUUCCUUCGACAUCAAACCAGGAGAGCAUGGACCGAGACAAUUUAGAGGCCAACUAUUUUUUUUUUGUCAAUCAUUUUUUGCAAAGUCCUGAAAGUCAUUAUUAUAUUCUUCCUGAGUCGAAUCAGGGUGUUAAAGUAAAUAGUCUCCAGUUCGAAUAAAAGGCCUUUUAAAACAAAAAACAUCACAACGCAAUUUUUGGUUUAGAGUUUCCAAGACAAUUCCUAAUUUUUGGUGGAUAAGCAAAUCUAGCAUAAAUUUUAAUUUUCCGCUAAUUAUAAAACUUAAGAAGAAACAAAGAAAUUUUGAUAAUUUUUCUAAAGAACAUGUAUCUUCCAUUGAAUAAGGAGAUCCUGGACUUCUCCCCUUGGUGACACGAGUUCGUAGAGCCACUUUUUGUCUUCGUGGGUGAGGAGGAGAAAACAAGGCUCUGCCUGAUUUGCGUCAAGCCUUCGAAGUUGCCGCAGGCCGCGCGAGCAUCUGUUUAUUGAUAAACCUCUGAUCACAACUGAGCCCUCUGUACCAACCGCACGGCUAUAUGGCCUGGAUUCGAAACUGUAUCCUAGCGACACAAAGAGAAUGGUAAACAAGUCUUUUAAUCGAGCACACCAUAAUCGAGCAUGGCUAUGCUAGCAGGGUACUCCGAAGACGCUUCCUUGCGUCGGCUGGCUAACAUACACCGCUAGACUUCUCCCUCUUUCUCAGUUUGAAAACCCUUGCCAAGCUUUUAAUUUAUACCUAUCUUUGUCUUAAUUAAUUAAAAGUAUAUUCGGUAGCCUAAACAGUACGGUGAAACUGUAAUGACUAUUUUAAAUCAAUGAUUUCAAGUUGUAGUCUAUCAGGUUAAAUCUCAAAUUGUAUUUACUUGAGGUUAUAUGCACUUGCUGAUAUUCAGCUUCGAGUAAAAUAAGCUUCCAGAAGUCGUCACAGUUAGAUCGUUUAAAAUAUUGAGUUGCCAGUUACCGGAACUGACACGUCAACGAUACACGACGGUAGUAAAAAAUAUAACAGGAUGACUGUUCAUUCUAGAACACUGUUGCGUUACCGCUGAAGAGCUAUGGCUGUAAGCGACGGUUUUCCGUUCUCCGUUGUGAUCUUUCUUUGGUUCUUUUAUGUUACUGUUUUCAUUUUUUCAGUCGUUGGCAAUACAUGGGUAAUAAGAAACAGUUACAGGACAAUCAGGAAAAAAAAUUAUCACCCUUUUACGUGGCUUGUGGUAAAUUUGGCUUGUGCCGACCUCAUGUUUAUAUUUCUUACCAUUUUUAACACCAUUGGCGUUUUCUGGAAGUGGGUAGGCGGUGACAACACUUGUAAACUUCAGGGAUUUCUUGUCGAGGCAGCCUACACGACUUCCAUCAGUACCCUUGUGGUAAUUAGUUAUCAGAGACUAAAGGCCGUGGCCGACCCGUUCUACUUCAAUGCAAUAAAUAAAAGCAUGUCACAGAGAAAGUAUGUAACAUUGGCACUAAUCUGGAUCUUGUGCUUCGCUGUUUGUUCACCUUUGAUCUUCAUCUACCGUGUGGAAACACUCGAAAACGGAGACGUUGUUUGCGUUACUACAUCAUGGGGAAAUAAAGGCCGACAAAUAUACUAUUGUUUACAUGGAGCUUUCUUCUUUGUUCUCCCAUUGUUAUAUAUGAUAGUAACACAAACCCGUAUUUACCGCGCCCUUCGAGAUAGAGCAAUGCCAAGACACAGCUAUUCCCGCGAAGAGUCAAAUCAAAAACACAAGAAAGUCGCCAAAACUCUUGCAGCUUUAACUAUAGCUUUUGUUAUUUGCUGGUCUCCAUUUAUGAUCACAAGAACACUAAUUUACUUCCAUUUGGCGUCACCUGAUGUUGCUUGGAGAGCAUCUCAACUUCUAAUAUGCGUCAACCCUGCUUUGGAUCCCUUGUUAUACGGCUACUACGGUGGAAAUCUAAAAACUGUAUUAGGAAGAGUUCUAAGGUGCCAUUUAUCACGGCAACGGGAACAUGAUGUUACUAGCAUGACUGUGAUUCAAGCAGACACAGCAAACAUAUCGAGCAAUCAAAGUCUAGGACAGUUCUGUGACCGUUCAACAUAAUAGCCUGCCGGCAGCUUUUUGUCUAAAAUGUCAGGCACCUCUUACGUCCCACACCGCCCACGCCCAACGCUGCCAGGCGUCUCUCUCGUUUAGCCACCCAAUGGUGGGGGGAUGGGGCGAGUAGUAGGUAGCUGACAUUUCAGGCCCUGGUUGUUCAACGUUGGAUAGGGCCUGGGAUAGAGCUAUCCACGGGAUAAAUCACUAUCCAGUGGAAAUGAAAUAGGAGAACCAAUUGCGCUAUCCACUGGAUAGUGAUUUAUUUGGUGGAUAGCGCUAUCCAGCGUUUGAACAAUCGGGGUCACACCAGCAAGCUCUCCAACUGGUCGAGGAGUAGAUGUUAGGCGUUAGCGUCAUGCACACCGCGGCUUGCCUCACUCGCCACUUGAAACGGAGAGCUUGCUCGUAGUCUAUGAAAAUGGUAUGUACUACAUACAUUGUACACAUUUUUUAUUUAGUUUAGAAAAUACUUAUAGUGAAGUCAACACAUAUUUGUGGGGUCGUGUAACUAUCUUACUGGUGUUAAUAAAAAAUGAAUCUAUAAAACGUUCGGAAAAAUAGGGUACUAUACGGUAGUCCGCGACAUGUAAUUCUGUUCAGACUAGAAUAUUGCAAGUUAAGAAAUGAUAAAGAUGCAGAAUGGAAAUGGAAAACAAUUAAACUGUCCUUUAAACUUUGCAUAACUUUAAAUUUUUGUUUUCUUAAGUGCUCGCUGCUCUCGAGUUGUACUCUGUAAACUGCUCGCUGCUCGCAAAGCAAUUUUUUUUGUCCCUGCUCGUGCUCGCCAAAAAAAUCGUAGUGCUCGAAUGCUCGCGAGUGCUCGCAAAGACCAUUACAGGUUAUCGCUUUAAACUUGAACAUCCGGUCCCAGGCUGAAAACACUCUUGUCAAAAGAUACUUGUUCUCACAAAAGAGUUACUCAACCAACUGUUUGAUAGGGAAACUGAUCAUGAAACACUUCUCCAAGUCAUUUUCAUUUUCAUUAUCAUUAUCAUUAUCAUUAUCAUUAUCAUUAUCAUUAUCAUUAUCAUUAUCAUUAUCAUUAUCAUUAUCAUUAUCAUUAUCAUUAUCAUUAUCAUUAUCAUUAUCAUUAUCUGCCGAGUCUAAAAGAGAAAGACUAGGGAGCUGAAGCAACCAUUCCUAGGACGACGGCGAGGAUAACGACAUAAGAACAAUUGUUUUCAUUGGUAAAACAACAGCAUUGUACGGGCAUCACGCUUUUUGGUACAUUUUUUAGAUGUCAACCACAAGACCCCGACGUGAAAUUUGCUAUUGCGACGAUAAAAUUGACGACGUGAACACACACGACGACGAAGGUUUUGCUUUCUUUUUUAACUUGGAUGGAGUCCAUAAGAAUCCAGCUUCACUUGGCAAUAGAGGAUGGAAGAUCUAGAGUUUGAAAGAACGCAAAAUCAUUUGUUCAGGAGACCGGUUUGCUGACUGCCGUCGUCAUUGUGGUUGCUUAAUUUUAAGCUUCGCACUACUGAUAGCACAGUAGACAACAGAGGCACCCAACGAGAAUACAGGGGCACCCAACGGAUCUGUUCCUCACAAUAUCUGUUCUACAGCGAAAAUUUUGCUGGCUGGGAACUGAGGUUUCGGCUGUUCUCCUGGGAAGUAAAGUCUAUUGAAUCUACGGUCAAGAAUUUAUCAAAUGUAUCAAAAAUUCUUGCUGGAGGUAUUUUAUCCCUCUAAUUUCCUAGAAAUUUUCUUUGUGCGCGAAUUGUGCGCGCGGCUGGCGCGCGGAGUCGCGCGCUGAUGAUUUAUUUACCGCUGACCAAAAAAUCUGCACGUGGGCACCGUUGUUAGAAAUUAGAAAUCAGGCUACGCUCCGCCAUUGGAUAACUGGCAUCACUCGAAAUUUGGCGGUCUUUCCAGACGGUACGGUUCAGUGGCGGUUAGGACGGGCACCGCAGAAAUACGUUUUUGAAGGCGCGAUACAGUAUUUUGCUGGUCAGCGUCAUCUCUUUUUAAAAUUCAAAACACCGGUAACUUUGAAUUGGUUUUCAACGCGAGCCCGGUAGGCGAUAAAAAAACCCCAAAACUUAGAGCGAAAACUGAAAACUUAAUCUUUAAACUUCGCCUCUCGUUUCCUUCUUCCUUUUCACACAUUAUAUAUUGUGCCAAAGACAAACUGUGCUUGCACAGCGAGUGAAUUUUUUGAAAGUAUGCGGCGCGAUAGUCUUCGUGACACGAUGAUCGAUGUUGUGUGCAAAGGCCAAAAACAAGUAUAUUUCAAAAGGCUGUAGCUAUAUAGCGAUGCCUAUUAAGGACAUACCAACCUUCAAGUAUGCAGAGCUGGUGAGCUGGAGCCGUUUGAAAUGGUUUGCCAGGGUUACUUCGAUUUGAUACGAAGACAAGACGACCCCUUCAACUUGGUGACACGCUGCGAAGUUGCACGUUCAUACCAUCCCGUGCAAGUAUUUCAAACUCUAUAUAAAGCUGGUGCUUUGCUGCCGAAUUACACGUUGGUCUAAUAAGUGCCGAAUUGAAGCGCCAAAGAAGUCAAACAACUGGCCAAAAGUGAGAAAAAAACCGAAAAGAUCGCGACAAAAAAAAUCGUAAACAAGAUCACAAGGGGGUAAGUUUUCGAAUGACCAUUUUUUUGUUCGAUGCUGUACUGAAAGAAAUUUGUAAUGAAACCUUAAUUCUGGUUUAUGUAUAAAGGAUAAGUAUUUCAAUGCAUUAUUAUUUUUUUCUUUUCAGGAAUUCUUUUUUCUAUAAUAUUGAUAAUACAAAGUUUGAAAAUUAUUCACAAAGUUGUUUUGAAAUUCUUUUUGUGUUAUCAAAGUUUAAAAUAAUUAUUAUCCAUUGUUAUGAAUGCAGUAAACAUUUUAACUGAGCAUGUAAAUAUUUCUUAUUGACACCAGUUAAUGGUCUGGGGCAGGAUUAUUCACAUAAGUUACCAACAAUAAGAGUUGUUAGUUUUGUGAGAACCUAGGGAGUUUUGUUGCAAACAAAAUUAAAUGCCUCUGUAAUUUCCAUUAAUGCUGUCCACUCAUUUGUGCCUGAAGUGAUGUGAAGCAGAGAAGGCUGAUGGUCCUCUGGUUAUGAAUACAGUGGCAACCAAGAGUUUUGUUUGGAGUGAAUGUUUUAUUAAAAAUAACAUAAGAUGCCAAAUUGCAAAACAGUCCACAAAAUAAAUUUAAAAAAGGUACUAAACAAGCAUAGUAAAUGACCAUCUGAAGGAGGAAACAAAGUUGUCUGUGUGGAACAAACCAAUAAUUAUUAUGCACCAGAACCACAAACAACAGUAUGUGGAAAAAUACCUCUCUCAAUGAGGUGUGCUUCUCUAGCUUUGCGUACACUGACAUGUUCCACUCUUGUGUCCCAUCAGCAGAGUUCACACUACUGAUUGAUCAGAGAGGACCAGUUUGGUCCCAUGUUGUUAAAAUACCUGUUACCUAAGUAUUUUCUGUAUUGCUCAAUAUUUUUAAAGGAAUUAUAAACUAUGUUUUGUAACAAAUAGUUAAGCAUGUAUGCUAUUUAUGUCUUUCCCUCCUUUAUAUUACUAAAAACUGGGAUACUACAUUGGCUGAGCUCUGUUUAAUGGGCAAUUAAGACACAGAUGCCAUAUGGGUGAAAAUGGCUUUGGGACACACCAUAGCCGGCUUUAAUUUUAUUGUAAUAAACAGAAUCACAUGACUUGUGUACAAAACAGGUUUAUCAAGGGUACUUUCACCACAUUGGCUACAUAAAAAUUUUCAGCCCAGUACAUUGUAAAGGUGAGGGACUAAAAGGCCAAAUAAAAGAACAUGAGGACAAGGCAAAGGGAAGAAGGUAGGGAAAAGGUUUCGAUGUCCUUUCACACUGAAGUAACAAGGCAGAAUGACACAAAACUCUGCAUCCACAUGUGAUCAACAAUGCGCUCUAUAGGUGGGGGGGGGGGUACAAAGGAUUACCCCCAACCACUCACCCUGUCCUUAAUUGAUAAUCACUUAAAUUCAUGUGUCAUGUGCAAAACUCAUAUUAAUUUUAUUGAUUAAAACUACUUCUCGUAAAGACAUAAAAUUCUAUUUGUAAACAAAAAUUUCAUUUAAAAGCCACAACUCUAAUGGGCCAUCAAUUUAUUUGACAGAACCAACAUUCAAACAACAAGUUGAUGAUUUAAGCAAAGUCAUAAGUUAAUAUGGACAAAAUGAAAAGCAUGACUGACAUGAAUGGAGGUUUAUAGAAACAGAAGAAAAAGAAAAAUAGCCAAACGCACUAUGUUUAUUUUUUAAAUACAUCCAUUCUCUCUUUUCAAUUUGUGACAUUCUUUUUCCAUCUACUGCUGCUCGUUUGAAUCUCUUUUGCUACUAUCUGUAAGGCAGAAUAAAAAUUAAAUUAAACUUUUUAAGUUGACAAAUAUAGUUAAAGAAUAAAACAAGUUAAAACUGAUAAAUUGCUAACAUCUAAUAACCUCCUGUACAAGACCAUCAUCCCAACCCCAUUCUAUUAAAAGUGAAUGCAAUUUUGUUGUAUAUAUGCAAAAACAUUUGCCCCAACCUCAUUCUAAAAAAGAACAACCAAUGCAUACCGUACUUCCUCGAAUAAUAGCCACGGAUCCCUCAAUUAAUCGCCCUACCUCCAAUAAUCACCCCUAAGACAGAAAUAUUUCAAAUAAUCGCCUCCCUCAAAUAAUCGCCCCCCCCCACCCUUCUUGCCAUCUUCUAUUUGUUAAAUCCCCUCCCUGGAGUCUGGUGUGGCAAAACUCAUCAGUGAACAUUCAAGCUCUGAUGCUGAGGAUAUUGACGAUGAAAGGUAAUCAAGGAACCAACUCGGGAGCACUAAAAAAGCCCAUGUUCAGUUUAUUUGAUGUGAUCAUUUGUUGAUUCAAUGGGAAAAUAAAACAAAAUAUUUAGUGGACGACUUCCAGUGAGCAAUGUUUAAAAUAAUCGCCUCCCUAAAAUAAUUGCCUCCCCUUGAAUAAUUGUGCGAAAAUAAUAAUAAUCGCCCCCGGCUAUUAUUCAAGGAAAUACGGUAAACCUUCCAGAAACUUGGAAUCGGGAGAGUCAUAGUAAAUUCUGGAUGUAUUUGGAAGUAAAAGGAGGAAGGAAACACAGUGAUUAAGAAAUGGCUGUCUAAAUAAAAAUAUUAUUAUUGAACUGUCAAGGUGAAAUCGACAUUGAACAACAGAUAUGGACAAGCAAUUAUUUAUACACCCUUUGUUAGUUGCGGACUAAUAAUAAAUAAGGUGCUUCCAUGCUCCAUGAGGAAGAAAUGGCUUCAUUAUUAAUUUUAUAAGCUGAUCAAAGGACAAUGUUGAAUAACUAGCAAUAAAAUGGACUAAUUGUUAUAAAUGUACUUUAUUUUGAACGACUACUGUACGGUAAAACCCUCUUUCCCCCCCCACCUCCUUACCAAGAAAAAUAAAGACCACUGUAACUACCCUUAGGCAUAAAAAUAGAACCUGGAACCUUAAGCUGCUGGUUUGAUUAUUGAACUGAUGUGUGGUCAUUGAAUCGAUGUGUAGUCAUUUUUUCUUUCUUAACAUGCCUAGUGUAUAUAUGUUUACUGAACUCAUGUUGUGGUUAAUGAACUAUUUGUCUUUAUUGAACGAUGAAAAAAAGAAGUCGACGGCUAAACCAAGUCGACAAAAGCACGGUUAUGAAAGCUUAAUACUAACUUACGACAAAAUAUCAGAGUUGUAAAAUGAUGGUAAAAACGGCAGCUGAGCUGAGUAAGCUUAGCGUCUUGAAAUAAAAUUGUUGAUAAAUUUUCAAAGUGUCUUACCUCUAUCGCAUGUUAUGAAUGCAAAUGCUACACUUAAAAACCUUGCCAGUGUUCAAAAUCUUCUGCUUCUCUGGCUCUCCAUUGUAGCUUCUGGUACAUUUUUCCCAAGGCAAUUCAAACUGACUCGACGCAACGCUACACGAAGUUAAACUUACUUCGCUUCAGCUGUAUUUACAAGUCCUUUAGCUCGGUUUACGAUCUAUUAAAGAAAGCUAGUCUCAAAAAAGCGAAGACUGCCCGUUCAAUUCCACGAUAAAACCGACCUGUACGUAUUAUAAACACAUCUAGGCGAAGCAGCGAAGGACUCGCGAAGGACAAGAAAGCGAUCGAAAGAACUCAAAUACCGCUGACCAGGUGUUGUGACGUCACAAAACGUAUUUCUGCGGUGCUGGUUAGGACGAUUCAUGAGAUUCAUGUUUAUGCAAAAGGUAAGGUUUCUUUGAAUAUGCUGAAUAUAUUGUCUACUAUUAUGCAUGCAUUUUUAAUUCCCUUGUCUUACUUAUCUGCAUGUCACUAAAUGCCAUUAAAAUCGCUUCUCGGUUUUUUAGCGCGCAGCCGUUAGCUUUUCAAAACGAUUCGUCUUUUCUUAGUCUUAGUCUUAUUGUUAGUCAAGGGUUGGCUUAGUUUCAGUGUGUAUUGGUAGUUUUCGGAUGAAACCAUUUCGAAAAGCGCGAACGAGAUACUGGAGAUAAAAAGGAUGAGUAAUGAAUUCAAAUUCUUUAAUUGUAAAAUGUGCCUAGUCGUACAGGACAAUUAACCUCAUGUUUUUCUCAACCGUGUAAAUUGAUGUCACAAGGGGAAACAAACUUAAACAUUUCCUGUGUAAGCUCAUUUUUUUCUCCACUGGUCGAUGCUAUCAUAAUAUAAUUCAAUAACAUUAACCGAAAACUGUUUUUUAAUACUACCGUAGAUCGAGUCUUCUGAGGAGUGUGUUGUGAAAGAAUUAUUUCGGUGCAUAUUAGUUGGUGUCGUUUCUUUAUUUUGCUUUUAAUUAUUUACAGUGGCUUUCAUACUGAACCCUGAGCUGUAAUAUUUUCUGAUAAUGCUUGACAACGUCAACAAAACAUUUUGAAAAAGCUAACAAAACAGCCAGCAUGUGCUACAACGAGUUUUAACAGCAAUUGCAAUUCAAAAAUCCGACUCAUUGUGUUUUUGAAAAGUUGCAUUUUUUCGAUUCCAGAAUAUCAUCCUUUCUUUUAUUGUGUUGUACUUCUACGCUGUGUUGGAAAGAUUUUAUCUCAAUUCAAAUGCUGUGUAGUUGUACAUUUAAAUAUAUUUAUUUCAUUUAUCCUAAUGCUCAGUCAAUUCCAAGCAUACCCAUUCUCCCUGGGAAUUUUUCUGGCAUUUUGUUCCUACAGUGGGCAUUUUUCAUUGACAAAAGCUUCAUUUGGGUAGCAAAUUUUUCAUUGUUUAAUUAACCUUACCCCCUUAAGGGGUACCAUCUAAACUUGUACUUAUGUAUGCGCUCUGUAUAUGCCAUACUGUUUGCCAAGUCUACCAUGGAAAGUUUAUCUUAUAAAGUAAUUUUGGGUUGUAAAGUUGUCCUCUUUGCAGUGUCUUUGGGGACUGUAUGGAUAUCAGGAAAACUGUAAGGUUGCUUGCUGAGUUAAGUUGUUAAGUAUGUUUACUGUGAAACUCACAAAACCAUGAACAUCAGAAAUAUUUAUGGAAUAUUAUUUUGUUACGAGAAUCAGGCAAUAAGGCGCGAGAUAACUUACACACAAACAACAAUGGUAAUUAGUUUGUGGUUUAGAGUUUUGCUUGCAUAUUCCUGAACUUAAUUGUGUUUGGCCAGUACACAAUCAACAAUCCUGAAAAUUUUGAGGUGUUCACUGUUUUCGGAGUUUGACAGUAACAAUUUUCAGCUUUUUACAAGGUGACGUACAUGUAACUUCUGCUUUGAUACUGGGGCAUUUGUUCCAACUUUUAUUUCCAUGGUGAGGUUUUGUAUGUAUCUACUGGCCCCACAGUGGGAGCAGGCAUUUGCAGCUUUCGAAUUAAAAAAUGACAAAUGCCUGUGGAGGGGGGUGGGCAUGUUUAGAAUUGACUGAGUCAUAAAGAAGCUUAUCCUCUGUAAUCCUUUUACCUAUACAGCCCUAUUUGUAUUAAGAAGUUUCAUUAUGAUUUAUUAACCCACCCCAUGUACCCUCACAUUAAAACAAUAUAGCUCUAGAAUGGUAGUACGUUACAUGGAUAAUUCAUGUUUUUGUAUUUGCUAUCUUACUUAACCCACACUAAGAUUUGUUACAAGUGUCUUUUUAGAAUAGAUACUGCAGAAUUAAACAAUGGCUGCAACAGGUCAAGUUUGAAAUAAUACGUCUAGGCUGAUUAAUAUUAACUGAAAAACACAAUAUUCCAAGUUGGUUUUCUCAUCCUUAUAGCUCUCAUUGAUAUAAAAAAGGAAACACUAUGGAAUAAGUUCUACAUUCAAGAGACUAAAACUCAGCUUUUGAGUCCUAGUAGUGCAGCAUACACUUUUCUCUCUGCAGUAAUUUCAAUACAUAUUCUAAGAAACAGAUAAUAAUAAAUAAGAAUUUAGUAGGAAAUUACAAGUAUGCAAUUGUUAUACCAUGUUAACCUGGAUAUCCUGAUAUUUCAUACAUCAUAUUGAAGUUGGAUGUGACCCUGGACAAACACUGACCUAUUUAUUAUUAUUUUUGUCUGUUGUCUAAAUUUAAUAUUAUUUUCCCCAUAUUCAUCAUCAGAGGUAGAGUAAUAUUGUGCCAUGUACAUCAGCAAUUAGUGCUGCACAAAUGGGAAUAAUAAUGAAAAUAAUAAUAAUGUUUUUCUGUUUCUUUUUCUUAAGCUUGUCGUGACAGGAGAGGAAAUUUGACUUGAGCCCAGGUAAACAUUUAUUUUAUGAGUAAUAUAAUUAAUGUAUGUUAUGGUAUCAAUCAGAACAGGAAUGUCAACAUAAGAUCUUUUUGUAGUCAAUGGAUCAGUGAAGUACCAUAAUGAUUAAUCAUGAAAUUUAAUUUAUCCUAGUACAAAGGACAGGAAAGAACAUUAUGGAAACAUACACAUGUAAAGAAUGAUAAUUGAACUUUGAUGCUGCUACAAACAUCUUUGAAAAUUCCCCUUAAAAAACAAUUUAUUGAUUUACUUAUAAAAAGACAUUCGUUUCUGUAGACAUGUACCUGGUAGGUGUGAAGAUAAUGCAUCAUUGAACUGUGUUGUAUAGUGUAUUUUGGUAAUUUUAGCAAUGGAUCUUUGAUUUCCUUUUCGCAUAUAGCGGCAGACAGUCAACCACUGGGUCAUGUUUAAACUUUUUUUACCUUAACCUGCCUGACAGUAGAGUAAGUCUAUGUAAACAGAACACUAUUCCUCUCACUAAAGGGCUUGCUCAUGUUUGAGUAUUCAUUGGUCAUUUGUCCUUGUGACUGUUUCUCCUGCUGUAGGUGGGGCUAGAGUUGUGACAACGAGCAUUCUUUGUCUGUUCGUCCUUGUGACCCUCUCUCCUGCCAUUAGGUGGGGCUAGAGUUGUGACAACGAGCAUUCUUUGUUUGUUCGUCCUUGCGACCCUCUCUCCCGCUGUAGGUGGGGCUAGAGUUGUGACAACGAGCAUUCUUUGUCUGUUCGUCCUUGCGACCCUCUCUCCUGCCAUUAGGUGGGGCUAGAGUUGUGACAACGAGCAUUCUUUGUUUGUUCGUCCUUGCGACCCUCUCUCCUGCCAUUAGGUGGGGCUAGAGUUGUGACAACGAGCAUUCUUUGUCUGUUCGUCCUUGCGACCCUCUCUCCCGCUGUAGGUGGGGCUAGAGUUGUGACAACGAGCAUUCUUUGUUUGUUCGUCCUUGCGACCCUCUCUUCUGCCAUUAGGUGGGGCUAGAGUUGUGACAACGAGCAUUCUUUGUUUGUUCGUCCUUGCGACCCUCUCUCCUGCCAUUAGGUGGGGCUAGAGUUGUGACAACGAGCAUUCUUUGUCUGUUCGUCCUUGCGACCCUCUCUCCUGCCAUUAGGUGGGGCUAGAGUUGUGACAACGAGCAUUCUUUGUUUGUUCGUCCUUGCGACCCUCUCUUCUGCCAUUAGGUGGGGCUAGAGUUGUGACAACGAGCAUUCUUUGUUUGUUCGUCCUUGCGACCCUCUCUCCUGCCAUUAGGUGGGGCUAGAGUUGUGACAACGAGCAUUCUUUGUCUGUUCGUCCUUGCGACCCUCUCUCCUGCCAUUAGGUGGGGCUAGAGUUGUGACAACGAGCAUUCUUUGUCUGUUCGUCCUUGCGACCCUCUCUUCUGCCAUUAGGUGGGGCUAGAGUUGUGACAACGAGCAUUCUUUGUCUGUUCGUCCUUGCGACCCUCUCUCCUGCUGUAGGUGGGGCUACAGUUAAGACAACGAGCAUUCUUUUACUGUUGAUUCUUUUGACCCUCUCUUCUUCCACACGUGGUGUAAGGCUUCUGAAGAUGGGUGCUGUUAGCUUGGCCUUAUUAUCAGUUAUUUGUCCUUCUCAACUUUUUUUUAAAAUCAUUUAUCCCUUUUUUGUUUUGUUUCAACUAGGGUAACUGUCUCAGAGCUGUUUUAAUAAAUUCCUAAAUAACUUUCUUGUUUAAUUUGGAAGACAUGGUUAUAUUUUUACUGCUGAUGUGUGUACAAUGGUCUUCAUUUUUUAUGUUAUUUUACAAUGAUUUUUGUGCAAGUUGCAGAUGUAGUGUGGAUUGCAGAUACUGAUUCAUGGUUUAUGCGGUACAUUUAUGUAAAUUUUUUUAAUCUUCACUAGAAAUUUCAUGUUUCAAUUAUAACUGUAUUUAAUGCGGUUAAAGUUGCUCAACCAAGAAGUAAAAUGUUCUAGCCCUUAUUUAGUAUGUGUAUGUUUAGAAAUGGAAAAAAUAAAGAGCAGUUAUUGAGGAGCUCUGUUUUAAGGAAAAAGCUUUAACAUACAGACAAGAAGAGAAAUGCAAUUUCAACCAUGUUUUCAGAAAAUAUAACCAAAUUUGGGAAAAGUUGAUUUAAUUAAACCUCUCUACAUGCCCGUGAUGGAUGAUGUUGAUAGCAACAAAUUUUAUUAUUAUUAUUAUUUUUUAAACAAAAAACACUUGUCUGUUGUAAUUAUAUUUUACACCUCUUUCAGCUGGAUUUAGUAGGUUUUCUUUAAUAUUCAUCUAAUGGUUCUUUUUUUCCUUGUUUUUAGAUUUAAGUGUUUUAGGUUUUUUGUGGAAGCACCAACUGCAGAACAAACUUAUCGGGUUGUAAAGGAAAGGUAUCUUAAGGUUGCCAAUAGUCACGAUAAAGUGUUAUAUCUGCAUGUUCUUGGUAAAUGCAUUCUUUUCGUCCAUCUUACAUAAUAGUGUUACACAACUGUUAAAAAAUUCUUAAUUAAAACAUUCCAGUUUUGGCGGAGCGCAAGUUCACCGUUGUCAAAACCUAUUAAACCGCCUGAUGUAUUAUAUUUAAGUUGGACUGAAUAGGAUUCACAAAAGGUACAUCUAGGGAAGCUUUAGUGAUGUUCCUUUUUCAUUACCAUUGUAGUUGUUAGUAUUCUUGGUUGACAAGCGAGAGGUAAGGCUGUGUGUUAUUAAUUUUUACCGUAUAUACUCGAAUCAGCGCCGCAAUUUCCAAGCAAGCCUGCGGCGCUUAUUUGAAUACUGAUGUCUUUUUUUUCUGCUGGCUGGUAAACAUGGAAAAGGCCGCUCUGCUGGCUGGGAGAAUAGCCAUCUAACCUGCUGGGAGUGAGGAACAGAUAAAUUCUUUCCAGCAACACAGAAAAGCGCUUGAAAAUGCCUUAAAAGCGUCUAAAUUUUCGUUUUCUGUAGUUAACGGCUCAUUUUCAGAAAAAUAUUCGUUGGGUGCCCCUGAGAAUAUGGCUCAAAACCACUUAAAAAUAGCAUUCUUAAACGUAUUUUAGUAUUUAAACGGUCGACAUAGACAUAUUUCUAUCCCCUAAAAAUUUUUCAUCUGUUCGGAUUUCCUAGCUGAAAGUCUAGUGAUCCGAAAAUUAUAGCGAUCAAAACGUACCUUUUCGAAAAUUUCAUGACUUUUUUAGGGUAAAAAUCCGUUAUAAAUGGGCAAUUAUACCAUUCUUUAGAUGUUCGAAAAUCCUAGUAGAAGCAGACAAGCAGGAAAUUUUACGAAAAUGUUCCGCAAAUUCUAGAUCUCAAAUCGUCUUCCGAACAGAUAUUUUCCAAAAAUUGACGCUGGUUGCACCUUAGACAACGCGAUCUUCCUCUCCCGUAUCUUUGUGGUAAUUACAAUAGUUAAAAACGUAUUUAUGUGUUAAAUAGCCUGAAUUAAAUUAAGACUACUAUACUCUUUUAAUUAAUGAUUCCAAGUCUAACAGAUUAAGUUUCAAAUUGUUUUUACUUAACAGGUUAAAUUUCCAUUUGUUUUCACUUAAUUUUCAAGUUUAAAUAUCGUUUUAAGUUAAGCUUCUUUCAAACCAGCUUAAAUAGAAACUUCGAGUAUUAUUAGCCUCCAGUAAUCAAAAUAGAUUGCAAUAUUGCCUUGUUAGUCUUUCCGGAAACACGUCAGCGAUAUACGACUCGCAAAAAACAAGUUUCUCAUCGUGAUUUCAGCACGACCAAUGUUCAUUCUAGAAAACUGUCGCAUUUGUUACUGAAUGAGCCAUGGCUGAUAGCGACGGUUUCCCGCUCGCCAUAAUAGUCUUCCUUUGUAUAUUUUACAGCACUGUUUUCAUCUUAGCAGUUGUUGGUAAUACUUGGGUCAUAGGAAACUGUUACAAGACAAUCAGGAAGAAAAAAUAUCACGCUUUUACGUGGUUUGUGGCAAAUUUAGCUUGUGCGGAUCUCGUAUUCAUAUUUCUUACAAUUUUCAACAUCGUGGGCUUUUUCUGGAAGUGGGUAGGCGGUGACAACACUUGUAAACUUCAGGGAUUUCUCAUCGAGGCAACCUACACGACUUCCAUCAGUACCCUUGUGGUAAUUAGUUAUCAGAGACUAAGGGCCGUGGCUAACCCUUUGGAUUUCAAUGCAAGAAAUAAGGACAUGUCACAGAAAAUAUACGCAACAUUGGCACUAAUCUGGAUCUUGUGCUUCGCUGUUUGUUCGCCUUUGAUCUUCAUCUACCGUGUGGAAACACUCGAAAACGGAGACGUUGUUUGCGUUAAUACAUCAUGGGGAAAUAAAGGCCGACAAAUAUACUAUUGUUUACAUGGAGCUUUCUUCUUUGUUCUCCCGUUGUUAUAUAUGAUAGUAACACAAACCCGUAUUUACCGCGUCCUUCGAGAUAGAGCAAUGCCAAGACACAGCUAUUCCCGCGAAGAGUCAAAUCAAAAACACAAGAAAGUUGCCAAAACUCUUGCAGCUUUAACUAUAGCGUUUGCUAUCUGUUGGUCACCCUUUAUGAUUACACGAACACUAAUUUACUUCCAUUUGGCGUCACCUGAUUUUGCUUGGAGAGCAUCUCAACUUCUGAUAUGCGUCAACCCUGCUUUGGAUCCCUUGUUAUACGGCUACUAUGGUGGAAAUCUAAAAACUGUAUUACGAAGAGUUCUGAGGUGGCAUUCAUCACGGCAACGGGAACAUGAUGUUAAUAGCAUGACUGUGAUUCAAGCAAACACACUAAACACAACGAGCAAUCAAAGUCUAGAUCAGUACUGUGAACGUUCAACAUAAAAGCCUACCAGCAGAUUUUUGUCUAAAAUGUUAGGCGCCUCUUACGUUCCACACCGCCCACGCCAAACGCCGCCAGGCGUCUCUCUCGAUUAGCCACCCAACGGUGGGGGGAUGGGGCGAGUAGUAGGUAGCUGACAUUUCAGGCGCUGGUUGUUCAACGUUGGAUAGGGCCUGGGAUAAAGCCAUCCACGGGAUAAAUCACUAUCCAGUGGAAAUGAAAUAGGAGAACCAAUUGCGCUAUCCACUGGAUAGUGAUUUAUUUGGUGGAUAGCGCUAUCCAACGUUUCAACAAUCGGGACCAGACCAGCAAGCUCUCCAACUGAGGUAGAUGUUAGGCGUUAACGUCACGCCCACCGCGGCUGGCUUCACUCGCCACUUUAAACAGAGAGCUUGCUCGUAGUCUAUGAAAAUGGAAUGUACUACAUACAUAUCAUUGUGCACAUUUUUUAUUUAGUUUAGAAAAUACUUAUAGUGAAGUCAAUACAUAUCUGUGGGGUCGUGUAACCACCUUACUAUAGCGUUAAUAAAAACUGAAUUAAUAAAACGUUAGGGAAAAUAGAGUAUUAUACGGUGGUACGCGGCAUGCAAACUGUUCAGAUUACGGAUAUUGCAAGUUAAGAAAUGAUAAAGGUGCAGAAUGGACAUGGAAAACAAUUCAAUUCAUGAUCAGGCCUAAUGUUCUCUUUUAAAGCGAUAACCUGUAAAAGUUGUCUUAUUUUACCGUAUUUUGGUAAACCGUCGUUUCAACUUUGCAUAAAUUCUAAUUUUUGGCAGUUUCUUAAUCUAAAAAAAAUUAAUAGUUGUUAACUACAUUUUCUUUUGAACAAACAAAGCAUUGACAAAGACGCUCUUUAAGGUGGCUCCGUAAUUAAUACAAGAGCAUUUUGCUGUGACAAAUUUUCCGUCAUAACUUUUUGGUUCUUAACGCGAUGACUGCGAAACUUUGCAAAGAACAACAUAUAUCAUUCGGCAAUAAUACGAAAUAUUCCGAUUUCAUUGAUGGUAAAUAUUUCUUGAGAAAUUAGCGCUUAAAAGGACCCUACUGUUCGAAGAAAAUCGCGUCUAGUAAAAAAAUUUGCUGAUAUUUUUUACUGAAAUUUCUGGUAUCGGCUUUAAUUGAUAUAUAAAAAGGUACUUUUUAGUUUUAGAAGCACCAUAAAUUGCUCCAAACCUUGCUCUGAAGUAGAAUGACUUGUUCUUCGACAUUUUAAAAUAUCCCUUUGCAGUUUUGGCUCAAACUCCUGCUGCAUACAUUUUGAUGUAUUGCAAUUCAUUUUCAACGACUUUUACUGCUGUUCGUUGCUUCCAACUCAGGAAAAAAGUAUUGAGAUUGGACGCUACCUCGUAUCAGAGCUCAGAUAGAACUGUCCAGCACCUUUGUUUAUGACUACAAAAUGAGCACGAGCGGCAGUUCUGCGAGGUGCCGCACCUCACCCAGGGGGACGAACGACAAUGAUGACCAUGCCUGUGAACCGAAUAACAUCACAGUGCAAAAUAAAAUUAUCGCAAAAAUACUGCCCGUGAAUAAAUUUACAACUCUGAAAUUUUUGUCACUCCUUCCUUCAAUGAAUGGGUAUUUUUCUUGAUUAUUAUGUUUUGCUCUGCAAUACAUGUUUAUACAGAUCUUAAUUACCUCAGACGACUACAACGCCACCGGGAUCAUGGGGCGGAAAUUAACAUGGAGUUGACAGAGGUUGAGGUAAAUCGUGGAAUGUUAAUUAAGCUCAACUAUAAAUUAAGCAUUUUUUUCAGGAGGUAUUUUUUCUUAACAAAAGCCUAUUGUUGAGGCAAUACUUUAGGGAACUUUAGGGCACAUCUUAGCUUAGAAAAGACGACGACGACCCACCACGUGACCUGCAAAUAACUGCCUACAAAUAAUGGUCUGCUCAUGCGCAAUGCCGUCCAACUGCGUUUGGCAACAAAUAAUAUUCUGUACAUGAGUAAAGGAAACCUUGUUUUCUCUUUCUUGCGAUCGCUCUUACGUGAAAAUGGCAGAUCGCUUUGCUUCCCGAGGAUAUUCAUUAAAAAAACAAACUCGGUGAUCGAAUGAUAAAACAAUUAUUGAACUCGGUUAUCGCAGAAUCACGAUAUUUUGCUCAACCUCGUCCAAUAACGGUUAAUUAUAGGCAUUAAAACAACAGCAUUGCACGUGCAUCACGCUUUUUGGCACAUUUCUUAGACGUCAGCCACAAGACCCUGACGUGAAAUUUGCUAUUGCGACGUAAAAUUGACGACGUGAACACACGACGACGAAUGUUUUACUUUCUUUUUGAACUUGGAUGGAGUCCAUAAGAAACCAACUUCACUUGGCAAUAGAGGAUGAAAGAUCUAGAGUUUGAAAGAACGCAAAUUCAUUUGUUCAGGAGACCGGUUUUCUGACUGCCAUCGUCGUUGUUGUUGCUUAAUUUUAAUCUUAAUUUAAUUUUAAUUUUAAUUUUAAUUUUAAUUUUAAUUUUAAUUUUAAUUUUAAUUUUAAUUUUAAUUUUAAUUUUAAUUUUAAUUUUAAUUUUAAUUUUAAUUUUAAUUUUAAUUUUAAUUUUUAUUUUUAUUUUAAUUUUAAUUUUAAUUUUAAUUAAUAAUACUGAUAGCACAGUAGACAACAGGGGCACCCAACGAGAAUAUGGCUCAAAACCACUUAAAAAUAGCAUUGUUAAACGUAUUAUAGUAUUUAAACGGUAGAUAUAGGCAUAUUUUUAUCCCCUAAAAAUGUUUCAUCUGUUCGGAUUUCCUAGCUGAAAGUCCAGUAAUCCGAAAAUUAUAGCGAUCAAAACGUACUUUUUCGAAAAUUUCACCCAGAAUAAAGGCUCCCGAAAAUUCUAGGUGACCUUUUUAGGGUAAAAAUCCGUUCAAAAUGGACAAUUAUACCAUUCUUUAGAUGUUCGGAAAUCCUAGGAGAGGCAGGCAAGCAAGAAAUGUUACGAAAAUGUUCCGAAAAUUCUAGAUCUCAAAUCGUCUUCCGAACAGAUAUUUUCCGAAAAUUGUGCCCCUGAGACAACGCGAUCUUCCUCUCCCCUGUCUUUGUGGUAAUUAAUUAGUUAAAAACGUAUUUAUGUGUUAAAUAGCCUGAAUUAAAUUAAGACCACUUACUCUUUUAAUUAAUGAUCCCAAGUCUAACAGGUUAAAUUUCAAAUUGUUUUUACUUUACAGGUAAAAUUUCCAUUUGUUUUUACUUAAUUUUAAAUAUUUAAGUUUAAAUAUCGUUUUAAGUUAAGCUUCUUUCAAACCAGCUUAUAUUGAAACUUCGAGUAUUAUUAGCCUUCAGAAAUCAAAAUAGAUUGCAAUAUUGCCUUGUUAGUCUUUCCGGAAACACGUCAGCGAUAUACGACUCGCAAAAAACAAGUUUCUCAUCGUGAUUACAGCACGACCGCAGUUCAUUCUAGAACACUGUCACGUUUGUUACUGAUGAGCCAUGGCUGAUAGCGACGGUUUCCCGCUCGCCAUAAUAGUCUUCCUUUGUAUAUUUUACAGCACUGUUUUCAUCUUUGCAAUUGUUGGUAAUACUUGGGUCAUAGGAAACUGUUACAAGACAAUCAGGAAGAAAAAAUAUCAUACUUUUACGUGGUUAGUGGCAAAUUUAGCUUGUGCGGAUCUCGUAUUCAUAUUUCUUACAAUUUUCAACAUCAUUGGCUUUUUCUGGAAGUGGGUAGGCGGUGACAAUACUUGUAAACUUCAGGGAUUUCUCAUCGAGGCAACCUACACGACUUCCAUCAGUACCCUUGUGGUAAUUAGUUAUCAGAGACUAAGGGCCGUGGCCGACCCUUUGGAUUUCAAUGCAAGAAAUAAGGACAUGUCACAGAAAAUAUACGCAACAUUGGCACUAAUCUGGAUCUUGUGCUUCGCUGUUUGUUCACCUUUGAUCUUCAUCUACCGCGUCGAAAUACGUGACAAAGGAAACAUUGUUUGCGUUAACACAUCAUGGGGGAAUAAAGGCCGACAAAUAUACUAUAGUUUACACGGAGCUUUCUUCUUUGUUCUCCCGUUGUUAUAUAUGAUAGUAACACAAACCCGUAUUUACCGCGCGCUUCGAGAUAGAGCAAUACCAAGACAAAGCUCCUCCAGUGAAGCGUCAAAUCGAAAACACAAGAAAGUUGCCAAAACACUCGCAGCUUUAACUAUAGCUUUUGUUAUUUGCUGGUCUCCCUUCAUGAUCACACGAACACUAAUUUACUUUCACUUAGCUUCCCCCGGUCUCGUCUGGAGGGCAUCCCAACUUCUGAUAUGCCUAAAUGCUGCAUUAGAUCCAUUGCUUUAUGGGUACUUU